AUGAAGUCGUUAUUGUUGUUUUUUUAUUAUGUGGUUUAUGCGAACGCGCAGCUUAAGGACUUGAUCAGUGGUAAAGCAGUGCACUUGGGUCCCUACGAUGCCAUGGUUCAGAUCGGCAACCUUUCACAGCGUUACACGCCUUUGUCUGGUGAUGACUUAAUAAGCAGUCGCAACGCACGUAACUUGGUCGAAGAGGCCCGGCGAAUGUUUAGAGUUGGAUUUUAUACAUUACCCCCGUUAGAUCCUUAUACAAGGUCUAGUCUACCGCCAUUAUCUAUCGAUAAUGACUUUGAUUUAUUAAGGGGUCGUGUUCUUUUGAAUAACUUGGAAAUGACUGGAGCGAUACGAUUUAAACUAAACUUAUUGGAAUUGCGCCUUGGAACUGAAAGAGUGGACUUUGGAUUUACUAUACCGCUUCUGAAUCUUAACGUCGAUCUUCAAGCUGAUCUCGUUUUAGCGGAAUUAUUACCAUUACAUAUGAAGGGACAUUUAAGUGUAGUGCUGAAAGGAGUUAAUAUAUUGGGUGCAGUACGCGCUAAGCCUAUAGAACUUUCCUAUCAGCUGGUAGCUCUCCACAGCCGUUUGCAUAUCGACGACGUCGUGUUGCAAUUCAAAGGUAAAGAAAUCGACUUAAAUCAAAUCAUACAAGAUGCAACACUUGGUUCAGCAAAUGAUGAUUUAAUGCCAGACUUAUUCGCCAGGCUAUUUCAUCAUAUUAAUACAUACGUGGCAAAUAUCGUCCUUCAAGAAUCUAAUAAAAUUCUUGCGGGAGCAAGUACCAAGCAAGUAUUAGCUUACUUGUUACCAGAACAGGUAUCC